AUGCAGCCAAGAUUCGAGAUCCCAUUUGUCUCUUUGAAGAACUCUUCGGACUCAAGUUCUGAUGAAAUCAAAUUCCAACAGCCAACAGGAGAUAUUGUGAUAGGGAACAGACGAGAUGCCACCGGCAGAAUAGGUCUUUCAUCAUUGCAGAAAUGUACUGGAGCCAUGAGGGUAUUGGCAUAUGGCACAUCUUCCGAUGUUGUCGAUGAGUAUCUACGAAUGAGUUCAUCUUCCACAAGAGAUGCUUUAGUUCAUUUUGUGGAAGGUGUUAUUUCUUGCUUCGGUGGUACGUAUCUCAGAAGGCCUAAUGAACAAGAUUUGGCAAGGCUACUCUAUGUUGGUGAACAACGUGGUUUCCCAGGCAUGAUUGGCAGUAUUGAUUGCAUGCAUUGGGAGUGGAAAAAUUGUCCUAAUGCAUGGGCCGGCCAAUAUACUGGGAGAAGUGAAAAACCAACGAUCAUUUUGGAAGUUGUUGCUUCAUACGACUUGUGGAUAUGGCAUGCGUUCUUUGGAACACCAGGUUCGUGCAAUGAUAUUAAUGUACUCCAUCGAUCUCCUGUUUUUAAUGAUGUCUUAGAAGGUCGAACACCAAAGGUUAAUUACGUAGUGAAUGGUCGUCAUUAUGAUAGGGCAUAUUAUUUAACUGAUGGUAUAUACCCUUCAUGGGCUGUAUUUGUCAAGUCAAUUAGUUGUUCGCUCAACACCAAGAGUCUGUCCGAAAAGAUGUUGAGCGAGCAUUUGGAGUUCUACAAGCUCGAUUUGCAUUUCUACGACGCCCAUGUCUUGUUUGGGAUAAAGUUUUGA